UUCUCCCUUUUGUUUUUACCCGCACCUCUACACACAGAAGAAUAAGAAAAUAUACUAACAAGAAUAAAGCAAUCAAUCCCUUCGCUCUAAAGAUUCCUUCAUACAUUAUAUACAGAAGCAUACACAGACUUUUUUGAUAUAUAUAUUAUAUAUAGAGAGAAAAUAAUAGACCUACGCAGUUUUAGCACUUGUAUAUAAUCAGUGGCGGAGCCACAGUCGACGAAGAGUGGUCAGAUGAACACCCUUCGUGAAACUUCUUUUCGAGUAUAUAGGUUAAGUAUAAAUAUUUAUGGUUAUAUACAUGUUGUUGCACACCCUUGACAAGCUAGAGAAGCAUAGGCUAGUGGUCAAGAGUGUGCAUUUUCGCAUUAACAACCUGGGUUCGAACCUUGAUAAGUGUAGCAGUGCUUUAUUUUCUUUUUUUUUAAACAGUUCUUUGCCCAAGGAAAAAUAUGAACACCCUUAACCAAAAGUCUGGCUUCGCCAUUGUAUAUAAUGGUGAAAAUAAUGGAUCUAAGGAGAAAAGGGCGUUUAUUCUUUUGUUGGUUUUGUCGGUUCAUGUGGUGGGGGGAAAUUUGGUGUUCAAUGUGGAGCACAAAUUUGGUGGGCGAGGAAGGGCUGUUUUGAAGGAGCUCAAAGCCCACGGCGAUCAUCGUCAUGGCAGAAUGCUCGCUGCAGCAGACUUCAAAUUGGGUGGCUAUGGCAGUCCCAAAGGGCUGUAUUUCACGAAGCUUUCAAUUGGGACACCUCCCAAGGACUAUCAUGUUCACGUCGAUACGGGAAGCGACCAUAUAUGGGUAAACUGUGCGGGCUGUAACAAUUGUUCUACAGAAGCCACUCGGGAUGGCACCGGAGCUGCAGGAAAUUUUGUAACGGAUAAGAUUAAUUUAGACCAAGUGUCCGCAGACUGUAAAACAUCACCCCACCAGGGAAACAUAGCAUUUGGCUCUUGAUGGGUACAAUGACGAAUGAAGCUGAAAUCGCUAGUUGGGUUAAAUCCAUCAUGGCAAGGCUUGAUGCCAUAGAUAGACGAAUAAUGGAUAGAAUGGAAGGAAGUUGGAAGGGACGGAAGGCUCUCUGUGCAAGAAGUUGGAUAACUUGAUGGAGCAUCCAAGCCUUCCUAAUCAAAUUCCCGUGAGUGGCCAUGCUCCACAUGAGCUACAAGGUAAUCAAACUAACUUUUGCACUCUAGUGAAUGAGGAUAAUAGCCAACUAAGUGUGAAUGAUAGUUUGUCUUUAAGUGAGCCGAAUGUGCCUUCAUUUUGUGAUGAUAAUGUACAACUUGAGAUUUUGGAUACAUUAGUUUAUUCACCUAGUGUUUAAGCCAUCGUGGAAAGUGGUAGUACAUUAUCUUAUGGAAGUCAUGAAGACCAACUUGUGUGCGAAAAUGAUGAUGUUGAACAUGUUGGCCGAAUGACUAAGGAUGGCCCUGUAGUUGUUUUUGUUAUUGACCAUGAUAGUAUAGAGGGGACAUUUGAUCAUUAUUGUAGUAGUAUUGGGGUAAGGAAGUGCAUUCCUAACCCGUGCCUAUGGACACUCUACCCAUUUAAUUCUGGUGAUCAUUUGAAGUGUGGUGAUGAGGAUGUCUUUUGGAAUGACUUGAAUGUGCAUGGAUUGUAUGGCUUUCCUCUCUCGGCUUUCAAGUCUAAUUGUUGUUCCAAGAAGAGUCUAUGUUUUCCACUUGAUAAGCGACGCUUGUUCCUUGUUUCUUAUCACACUUAUGUGGAUAAACUAGUUGAUUCUCCCUUGGUAGGGUAUUCGGGUAAGAGGGAUCUUUGGGUAUAUGUGAAGUUUGAGCCACCUUGGCAAGAUGCUAUGAUUGAUUACACUAAUCCUAACCCUCAUACCUUGAGGAAUUUUUGUUUGCUUGUCCUUCUUAUUGCUUUGCAAGGUUUGGAUUCGAGGACGGAUCCUUUCUAAGGAGGGGAGGAUGAUACAGGUACAAUUAUGAUUGGGGUCCUAUGCAUCAAGACUCGAGCUCGGGGGGCUUCCCAUCCAAGGAACAAGCUUUGAAGUGUAGAGAACAAGUCCCACAAGCUCCAAAACUGUUUCACUAUUCAUCCGCGUUCACUGUUCAUCCGCCCUUUGCAAGGGUUUUUUAGUCAUUUGUAAUAAGUUAACCUAGGUAUAAAUAAAAUCUCAUUAGGUUAUUUUUGGGAGAUUUUUGGAGAAUAUAUUUUGUCGCCUCUUUGAAAGUCUUUAGCAAGGUGGAAUCCUUGAACAAGUUGGAAUCCUUGUAUUGAUUAUUUGCUUAGAAACGGAGAUUGCUUGGGAAUUCCAAUUCCCUUGAGGUCACGUAAGAGAUAGGUUUAGGUUGUGUGUGAUAUUAAAGGUCCAAAAGUGGAAUAAGCUUUUGGGUUAUUAAUAUUAUACCAUCCUUUUGUCUGUGUAUAUCUAUAUAAUCCGUUUAUGUUCUUGUCUUGUA